GCGGUGACGGUUUGGUCAACAACUCUUAUGUUGGGACUGUACUUGGAUCAACUCGGGAGGAAUAUCAGCGCUGAAACACAGUCUGCGGGGCUCCGCACAGCCUGCCGAGUCUCUCAGCGCGGUCGCUUCUACUUUCGGGAGGCGCUGGCGGACGUGGCUCGCUCUGCUGAGUCCGUUUUGGGUCUGGAAGUGAAGCCCGGAGCUGGAGAGUUGCCCGGCUAGCCGCGCUGCUGCUGCUGCUAGCUCCGGCUAUCUUAAGUAGUUAGGCUAGCGGGCUGCUGCGCUCCGGGCGGGAGGGAGAGAGCGAGAGCGGGGAAAUGGAGCUGGAGGACGGGGUCCUUUACCAGGAGGACACUGGCGGCUCGGCGAUGAUGUCCGAGCGGGUGUCCGGCUUGGCGAGCUCCAUCUACCAGGAGUUCGAGCGGAUGAUCGGGAAGUACGACGAGGACGUGGUGAAGCAACUUAUGCCGCUGGUGGUGGCUGUGCUGGAGAACUUGGACGCCGUGUUCGCGGAGAACCAGGAGCACGAAGUGGAGCUCGAGCUGCUAAAGGAGGACAACGAGCAGCUGGUGACUCAGUACGAGAGAGAGAAGGCGCUGAGGAAAGGCGUGGAGGAGAGGUAUAUAGAGUAUGAAGACGCACAGGAACAAGAUAGGAAGGAGCUGCAAAGCAAGGUGGUGCUUCUGGAGGCUCAGACCAGACAGAUGGAGCUCAAGACCAAGAACUAUGCAGACCAGAUUGGAAGAUUAGAAGAAAGAGAAGCAGAACUGAAGAAAGAAUACAAUGCCCUCCAUCAAAGACACACUGAGAUGAUUCACAGUUACAUGGAACACUUGGAGCGUACCAAAACGCAGCAGCAGCAACAUGCUGGAGGAGAAGCCACAGACACUGGCACUCUGAGCAAGCAUAGGAAGGAGCGGCCUGUGUCUCUGGGAAUCUUCCAGCUGCCGGGUGCUGAUGUAAUGACCCCUGACUUGCAGAGGGAGCAAGUGGAGACUCCUGGGACAGAUACAUGGAGAUACAACAACCUCAGUCACCCUCGCUCCAACACCAGCCUUCAGCUGGAGGCGGAAGGUCCCUUCAGGAGAGGGGAGGGUAAGAGUGAACGGGACACUUUGGAUUUCCUCUGGACAGAUGUUAUUGAGGAUGAACUCUCAGAUGCUAGCCAAGGAGGCUCCAAAUCUGUUACACCCAUGUCCACGGCAACCUCAGAUGUCGCCAUGGCAUCAGUAGACACGCCUCAAACCGAGGAGGCAGAGGGACUGAACAGGAACCUUAACUCUAGCAGCAAGAAGCCAGACAGCAACAAAAACAUUAAAGUACAGAAUGCCACAGCAACAGAUCCCAGCGCUAAAGACAGUGGAGUAGAGGAAAACGCUGAGAGGUCUGAAGUGCAGGCGAUUAUUGAGUCGACCCCUGAACUUGACAUGGACCUGAGUGGCAUCAAAGGCUCCAGCACUCCUACUAAAGGGAUUGAGAACAUGGCUUUUGACCGCAACACUGACUCCCUGUUUGAGGAGCUCUCCUCAGCAGGCACUGACCUCAUAGGGGACGUGGAUGAGGGGGCUGACCUACUGGGUAUGGGUCGUGAAGUAGAGCACCUCAUCCAGGAGAACACCCAACUUCUAGAGACAAAGAACGCUCUAAACGUGGUAAAGAAUGACCUGAUUGGUCGUGUGGAUGAACUGACCUGUGAGAAGGAUGUUCUGCAGGGUGAGAUGGAAGUCAUCAGACAGGCCAAAGACAAACUGGAGGAGAAGAAUAAGGAGCUGGAGGAGGAGAUCAAGAGAGUUCGGGCAGAGUUGGAAACAACAAAACUAAAAGUAAAAGAGGACGAUGAAAGCGAUGUUCCCACAGCCCAGCGGAAGCGGUUCACACGGGUGGAGAUGGCCCGGGUUCUUAUGGAGAGGAAUCAGUACAAGGAGAGGCUGAUGGAGCUGCAGGAGGCCGUUAGGUGGACAGAAAUGAUUCGGGCGUCGAGGGAGAAUCCAACUCUGACAGAAAAGAAAAAAUCCAGUAUCUGGCAGUUUUUCAGCAGGCUCUUCAGCUCCUCCUCCAGCGCCACAGGCAAAAAGCCUGAGGCUCCCGUUAACGUUAAGUACAACGCCCCCACCUCACACAUCGUGCCCUCCGUGAAGAAGAGGAGCAGCACCCUCGCCCAGCUGCCCAGCGACAAGUCCAAAGCUUUUGACUUCCUCAACGAGGAGCCGGAAGUGGACAGUAUUAUAUCCCGUAGGGAGCAGAAGAGAGCUCAGUACAGGCAGGUGAAGGCUCAUGUUCAGAAGGAGGAUGGCAGGGUACAGGCUUAUGGCUGGAGUCUGCCUCAGAAAUACAAGGCUUCAAAUGGAGCUCAGGCAGACAGUAAGAUGAAGAAUUUACCAGUGCCUGUGUACCUCAGACCUUUAGAUGAGAAAGAUACUUCUAUGAAGUUAUGGUGUGCUGCAGGGGUGAAUCUGUCAGGAGGGAAGACUCGUGAUGGAGGCUCUAUUGUAGGAGCGAGUGUGUUUUAUAGAGAUGUCUCAGGAGUGGAAAGCGGCAGCCUCAGCCCAGUUCAGAGGAAAGGAUCUCAGAGCAGCCUGGACAAACUAGAACAAGAGCUAAAGGAGCAGGAGAAAGAGCUAAGACACCAGGAUGAGCUCUCCAGUCUGGUGUGGAUCUGCACCAGCACUCAAGCCACCUCCAAGGUCGUAGUGAUCGACGCCAACCAGCCUGGAAACAUUCUGGAAAACUUCUUCGUCUGCAACUCUCAUGUUCUCUGCAUUGCCAGUGUGCCAGGGGCACGGGAGACAGACUAUCCAGCUGGUGAAGAGGUGCCUGCAGACAGUGAAGCUAGUGGUGCUGAGGGAACAUCACAGGCUGAAACUGCAGUAAACAACAACUCCACCGGCUCUGAGGGGGUUCUAGACGGCAUCACUGUUGUUGGCUGCUCUGUGGAAGGAACUGUAGCCAUUCCCCAGACUGCCAGUGCAAACUCUGUAGAGGAAUCUGAAGACUGUGGUGAUCUGCUGGGCAUGCGUAGACAACACGGCAUAGCUGCAGCAGAGGAAGCCCUGGAAGCCACAGAGAGCAGCAACACCACACCUGCAGAAGAAAGCCAGCCAGGCGUUUAUACAGAGCAUGUGUUUACUGAUCCUCUCGGAGUCAAGAACACAGGAGAUACACCGUCCAAUUACACUCAGAGGGAAUCUGACCUGGUGAAGGAUGGGGUGAGCCUGGUGCCUGAAGAUCAAGACCUGAUGAGAGAAGAGGCCAACAAGAUGAGCAGCGUCCUGCCCACUAUGUGGCUUGGAGCACAGAAUGGCUGUGUAUAUGUCCAUUCCUCUGUUGCUCAGUGGAGGAAGUGCCUUCACUCGAUAAAGCUGAAGGAUUCCAUUUUGGGGAUUGUGCAUGUCAAAGGCAGAGUUUUAGUGGCUUUGGCUGAUGGCACUCUGGCAAUCUUCCACAGAGGAGUAGAUGGUCAGUGGGAUUUGACCAACUACCACUUGUUAGAUCUGGGCCGGCCUCAUCACUCAAUCCGCUGCAUGACCGUGGUGCACGAUAAAGUGUGGUGUGGCUACAGAAACAAGAUCUACGUCAUCCAGCCUAAAGCUAUGAAGAUAGAGAAAUCCUUUGAUGCCCACCCUCGCAAAGAGAGUCAAGUGAGGCAACUAGCAUGGGAUGGUGAUGGCAUCUGGGUGUCUAUCCGUCUGGAUUCCACACUCCGAUUGUUUCAUGCUCACACCUACCAACAUCUGCAGGAUGUGGACAUAGAGCCCUAUGUCAGCAAGAUGCUCGGCACUGGUAAGCUGGGCUUCUCCUUUGUAAGGAUCACAGCAUUGACGGUGUCGUGUAAUCGCCUAUGGAUUGGAACAGGGAACGGUGUCAUCAUCUCCAUACCUCUAACUGACACGAAGAAAGCCACCCAAGGAGCGUCCAACCGGCCAGGCAACGUGGUUCGUGUCUACGGUGAUGAGAACAGUGAUAAAGUGACGCCGGGCACAUUUGUACCUUUUUGCUCCAUGGCCCACGCUCAGCUCUGUUUCCAUGGUCAUCGAGAUGCAGUCAAGUUCUUCACUGCUGUUCCAGGCCAAGUGAUCCCAACCUCCGGCUCAGGAGGCGAGGCAGGAGCCGACAAGCCAGCAGCAGACUCUCCUACACCCACAGAGUUUUCCAAGUCGGUCCUGGUCAUGAGCGGAGGAGAGGGAUACAUAGACUUCAGAAUGGGUGAUGAGGCAGGAGAAGGAGAGGACCUGGAGGAAGCUACCUUGAAGCUGCAGCCCUUCCUGGCUAAAGCGGAGCGUAGCCACCUUAUAGUGUGGCAGGUUAUGCUGAAUGGAGACUGAAUGUUUUGUUGAUUUUGAUUUUUUUUCUUCUUCGCUCACACAGCCUUUUCCAGGCAGGAAUGAACUUUUUCAGAAGGAGUUUUUCAGAAUGCGCUCCCUGGCGUAUUUUUUCAGCCUUUUGUUAAGUUUCUUUCUGGUUUUAAAAAGCGUUGCUGUUUUCUUGAAGGGUCACUAUUGUUGCGUCCAGCUAUCAGGAGGAGGUUACAUUGGAUAAACAUGCACAGUCUUUACACAUUCACUUUUGUGGCAAUACGAGGCUCAGUCCUUUUCUGAAAACAAUAGAUGGAUAGUGGAAAAGGAAAAUCGCAUCCUCAGCAGCGAUGGCAAUACUGAUGAAUCAGGACAAUCUAGUGUUUUUCCCCUAGUUGGUCUUGCUGUUUCACUCUUUAUAUCAAUGCCCAUUGAUCACACUGUGCAUCACGGUUAGGUUAGAAAUCAGUCAGAGAAUGAUUGAAAAUCUCUGCAUUUUGUGCAAAUGUUAUUUUGGGGGGGGGGGGCAAAGUCAAAGCACCUUCUAAAAAAAGGUUCUAAGGGCCAAGGCUUGUGAACUCCUGCAUGCCUUUUGGCUGCUUUGCUGUACAGUCCUUUUUUUCCCCCUUUUCCUUCUUCAUUUCAGGAUUUUCCAGCUAAACCUGUGAUCUAAACCUUGAUCUAUGUUGAAGUAUAUAAUUCUCCACUAAAAGGAAAAAAAAAUAUGUUUCUGUAUGAAUGUUAAAUCUACCAAAGCACUACAGGAAAAAUUAUAGUAAAUGUAUAAUAUGACCUUACAGUUUGAGAAGAUACCACCUGAUUAUGUUAGUCAUGGCAGAAAAAACAAUGUUAUGCAAUACUGUUGGAAUGAUGUAAUGGUCAAAGGCUUGAUGAGUUUUGUUGGUUUUGUUUGUUUGUUUGUUUUUUUUUCAAAAGAAGAACGUUUUCUCUUCUGUGUAGAUUCUGGAGCAUCAGAGACUAAAUGCCUAUUUUUGACACUUUUGUACAUUUGGCUUUUAGACUCUUAACCACAGGCCUCUGUAAUGCGACGAGCGAGUGCGCUAACAUUUUGCUGAUGUUCUGCUGCUGUUUGCUGGCGUUAAAGCAGACUGGAGGGGGAGCACUGCUUUGUCUGCAGUUAUUCCUCCACUUCAGAAGAUAAACAGCUUUACAUUGCAAAUUUAGCCAUCCCAGUAUUUAUUUCUAUCAAUGAGCCUUUGCAGUUCAGAAUGUAACUUUGUAUAUUAAAUAUAAAUAUAUAUGAAAUAUAAAUAUGUACAUGAAACGUAGCUGGCUUGGUUUUGAUGUUUGGACAAUGAUUGUUUUACGGUUUUAAAUCACAUUUUACUGGUUGAUUGAUAUUCUAUGAGUAGAUUGCUCUGAGAUGAUUGACCACGGAAAUGUACCUUUACUGAGCUAUGCACUAUUUUAUAAAGGAGACCUGGAGUGUGAGGGGGUGUGUGUUUGUUUGUUGGGAGUGUGUUUGCUGUCUGUGUGUGAAAGCACUGUUCCUAAUGCUCACGGUUUGGGCCCUUUGUUCCAGCUGAGAGCGCGUGAUGAAGUUAUGAGUGAUUGAAGGUGUUUCACCCAGAAUCCCAUUUUCAGGUUGCCAUGAAAGCAUCUGUCCUUCAGACAUGAUCAACAUCAUGUUCCCAUCAUAGCAUCCUAGCCUUACACUUUUUUAACAUCUAUUAAACUGACAAUUUGGGCAAAAA